ACCCUCUGAACAGUGAAUUUUCUUUCUUCUCUUUUCUUCUCCUCUCUUUUCACCUCUCGUAUCUCUCAACACUGAAAUUAGUACCUCUUCUCUCAUGGCUGAGACUUCGGAUUCUGCAGCUGCCCUCAAAAUGACUAGUUCUCCUAGUCAAUCCCAAGAAUCCGUCCCUUCUCCGAAAUUACAGUCGUCGAACGAAGGGGAAAUUAAAGAAGCUUUUCUUGAUGAUGCUAAUAACGACCAAAACAACAGUCUUUUACUGUUAAAGGAGCCGGAGUGUGGAUUUUCUGGUUAUGACCAAGAUUCAAAGGUGGAGAUGAAGACCCUCCAUUGCUGCGGUCGAGUCGUUCAAGAUUCACCCUCUGGUGAUGUUGCAUAUGGCGACGCAUUGGUCAGUUCUGAGAUGAUUAUCCCUGAAAUUCAAGGACCACCUUCUUCUUGUGUGGCGAUGUUUGCUGAUGAUGCAUUUGGUUCAAGAACUCUGAAGGAACAAGAAGGCAAUUUUGCUGAUGAUACAGUUGAUCUGAUAAAUGUGAAGAAACAAAAAGAGGAGUGUGCUGAUGGUGCAAUUGAUGCAAUAACUGUAAAAGAACAGGGAGGACAUUUUUCUGAUGGUGUAAUCGAUUCAGUUACAGUGAAGAAACAAGAACAAUUGGACUCCUUGGAGAAACGUUUGAAGAUUCAAGUGAUUGACGAGACAGCACUCAUUGAAUCACCAUGUCUCGGAAUUGGGAAGCGCCAAGAAACUCAGGUUGCAAAGGAGAAGAGGCAAAAACGUAGGCGCUCGAAAGCUGCGAAAAACGUGGAAACUUCAGGAACGGGCUCCCAAGAUUGUAACUACAUUGGGAAUAAAGGGAAGAAAAGACUGGUGUAUUCGAGAAAGGAAAUGGAGGCUUUGAGGUUUGUGGGAUUGGAAGCCCAGAAGAAUAAGUGGAUUGAAAUAUACUGUAGACUCGGUCCUUUGGUGGCAAAGGAGUAUGAUGAACUGACUCAUCAUCAGAAACACAAUGCCACUGGUUUUGACUUUGAUCCUAGACCCCAGUUCUUGAGAGCUUCCGUGCCCUCUAGAUCCUUUGGUGAAGGCUGUCCUGAGCUUGCAGAUAGUGCCUCAUGUUUUCCUGGAAGUGAUGAACUUGACUGCUCACUUGUAGAAGUAGAGUGUAGUGAAGAUGACACCACUGAUGAAGAUUACAGUAGCGUACAGAAGCCUGCAUUUUUCGUUAAAGGAGAACCUGACUUUGAUUCUGGGCCGCCACAAGAUGGACUAGAAUAUCUUAGGCGUGUAAGGUGGGAGGCUGAACAAAUUCCAAAAGUGAAGGUUGCGAAGGUUGACAAAAACAAAGUAAACAAAGAGCAGACUGUUUAUAUGCCCCAAAUUCCUGAUAUUAUGAAGUGCCUUGAUAACUUAUUGCCACUCAAACAGUGGGAGGACUCCUUUCUUGCUGAUUUUUCAAAGCUAAGGCUGGGUCUAGUGCAGCUUGAGAUUGAAGGUUCUAGUGCUAAAGUUUCUGCCAAAUCGCAAUCAAAUCAUGAAGAAGAAAUGGUGGAUCAGAUAUCUGAAAGUAUGAUCUCUGAGAAUUUUGAUAACUUAUCAGUUGAAGAUAAUUCCUCCAUACCAGAAACAGAUGAUGCAAAAGUUGAUUCACAUUCUCCAGAAACUUCCAGUUCUAGCAUCAACUCUCCUACUUUAUCAAUGAUUUUGAAAAUGGAUUCUGUAGCUCGAGUUUCCAUGUUGAAAAGGCGAAUAAGCUCGGUCGAGAGUCUGAACACUUUAUCACGUGAUGACUGUUUAUGGCUGUUUGCUCUUUGUGCAGCAGUUGAUUGUCCUCUUGAUGCAGACACUUGUGCAGCCCUUCGAUCAUUACUUCGGAAGUGUGCAAGCUUGCGUGCGGCAAAAUCGGAACUUGAUGAUGAUGUUAUUAUGCUAAAUAUUCUUACGACGAUAUCAGGAAGGUACUUUGGACAGUUAGAAAAUGACUGUAGGUGCGAUGAUUUACUGUACGUGCAAGAUUUCUUUGAUUUAAGUUCAGGAAACAUUGAAACACCAUUUUACACCUUAGCCUGUUACAAGAGUUUAACCAAAUCGGGUAUUCGAUCCUUCGAUCUAACUGAACCAGAAACAUAUGGAUCGAGUACUUCAUCCUCCCUUCCCUUCACGACCAUCCACCUCAACCAUCCAACGAGAUUGCCUCCCUCAACAUCAGCUUGUCCACAAGAACAGUUGAAACAAGGCAUCCGGGCUAGACUAAAAUCUGAUACUCGUGGUUCAAAGUUCCCAUCCGAUAGUACAUUGCUUGUCUUGAUGUCCCGGUGUGGUCGAGUUGGUGGAGUGGGUGAGCAUGGAGUUUGUAGGCUAUUGCGUCAGUCCGAUGAUUUGCUCAAUGCACACUCGAAAGUUUUUCAGGGUCUAGUGCAGCUUGAGAUUGAAGGUUCUAGUGCUAAAGUUUCUGCCAAAUCGCAAUCAAAUCAUGAAGAAGAAAUGGUGGAUCAGAUAUCUGAAAGUAUGAUCUCUGAGAAUUUUGAUAACUUAUCAGUUGAAGAUAAUUCCUCCAUACCAGAAACAGAUGAUGCAAAAGUUGAUUCACAUUCUCCAGAAACUUCCAGUUCUAGCAUCAACUCUCCUACUUUAUCAAUGAUUUUGAAAAUGGAUUCUGUAGCUCGAGUUUCCAUGUUGAAAAGGCGAAUAAGCUCGGUCGAGAGUCUGAACACUUUAUCACGUGAUGACUGUUUAUGGCUGUUUGCUCUUUGUGCAGCAGUUGAUUGUCCUCUUGAUGCAGACACUUGUGCAGCCCUUCGAUCAUUACUUCGGAAGUGUGCAAGCUUGCGUGCGGCAAAAUCGGAACUUGAUGAUGAUGUUAUUAUGCUAAAUAUUCUUACGACGAUAUCAGGAAGGUACUUUGGACAGUUAGAAAAUUGAGGUAUACAUUUUAGAAAGCAUCCAAUGAAGCAUCAUGAGAUUGCCCUACACAGGAGCUUCUUUACCGUAUUUUGAGUUGAGGUGGAUAUUUAUUUUGAUAUCUCAAUUAUCGACACAUUUUAGUAUUUUGCUGAACUAUACCCUGUUGUUCUUUAAACUAGUAGUGACAAUUAAUGUUUUGAGUUUCAGAUACCUUUAUUAAAACAUGUUUGAAAAUUUUAGUUGGAAGUA